AAGAAUCGAAAAAUCAAAAGUUCUGAUUCAAUUUCGAAAUGUUAUCGUUAAUCAUCAGAAGAUCUCGAAGCAGAUUCAUCAAUGGAAUCAAAACCAGAACUAUUUUCUCUUCAUGUACCUCUCUCUCGAAUCCAGAUUCAAGCUCUUCAGUUUUGGUUUCUCGAAGAAGCUACAAUUCAACACCUGCGUCAAGCUCUUUCAGAUUCAAUUCUGGAAAAAUCUCUUAUUAUGAGAGUAAUUUCGUUUCCACGACUCGAUCAUUGAGCUCAGAAGCUGUAGCUGUGGCUACGACUUGUGACGGACUUACUGUAGAACGAAUCAUAGCUAAUCAAUGGCCGAUUUUAGAUGAGAAUGAAAGUGAUUGGAAAAGUCACGCUGCAGCAAUUUCACAAUCGAUUCAAGUCAUCAAGAGACGAUUACAGUGGAAGAAACUCUUGGUGAGGCUAAAAGUGUUAUCUGCAGAGCUGAAUAAGCCUGAUUUAUGGAAUGAUCCGAUUCAUGCUGGUAAGAUAAGCCGGGAGCACGGUUCGCUUACGGGGAAAAUGAAAGGAGUUAUGACAUUUGAGAGAGAGCUUCUUGAACAUAUUGAUAUGUUGAAACUUGCUAAAGAGGAGAAUGAUACAGAGUUAGAAUCGGAUACUUUGAAGGCAUUGAUGGAUAUGAGGAGAGUUUCAAAAGAGAAAGAACUCGAGGCUUUAUUAUCUGCGGAGAAUGAUCCUUGUUCCUGUUAUAUCGAGGUUCAAGCUGGAGCUGGAGGAACAGAGAGCAAUGAUUGGGCAUCUAUGGUAAUGGAAAUGUAUAAAACAUGGGCUCAACGACGUAAAUUUUCAGUCACUGUGGUUGAUGAAGCUCCUGGGGAAAUAGCAGGAAUCAAGCGUGCUACAAUCAAAGUGAACGGUGAAUACGCAUAUGGAUAUGCCAAAGCAGAAGUUGGAGUUCAUAGGCUAGUGCGUAUAUCCCCGUUUGACAGUGGAAAACGGAGGCACACUUCGUUUGCGGCUGUUGCAGUGAUUCCAAUUCUAGGUGAUGGGUCCACUCGUGUGCAGAUCAAUGACUCUGAUCUCCGAAUCGAGCGGUUCCGUUCUGGAGGAGCCGGUGGACAGCACGCUAACACGACAGACAGUGCUGUGAGAAUCAUUCACAUACCAACUGGCAUAACAGCAACUUGCCAGAAUGAAAGGUCGCAGCAUAUGAACAAGGCUUCAGCAAUGGCGGUACUACAAUCACGUUUAGACCAACUGGAGAUGGCUCGUCAGACAGCAAUGAAUGCUCAACAUACACAAUCACUAACCGAGAUCAGCUGGGGAAACCAGAUACGAACUUAUGUUCUUCAUCCAUACAGAAUGGUGAAGGAUCUGCGAACAAACUACGAAGUCUCUGAUCCCGACUCGGUUCUUGAAGGAGACUUAGAUGGUUUCAUCUUGAGCUUCUUAUCUUCUUCUUUAGACAAAGAUGAUCCAGAACAUUAGUUUAGAGAUGUUUCAAAAGAGUUAUUCUUAUGUUACUUGAAACGUCUUUCUAUUACUAAACUCCGAAAGGAUUUAGAUUGGCGCAGACUCAUUCAUUGUUUUUAAAAUGGCUUCAGUAAAAUCUUUAUUAUCCA